AUGUUUAACCUCACCAUAACAUUUUAUGAGCACUCCAUUGAAACGCGUUGGAAGUUUGACAUUGUGAAUGGAAAAAUUAGCAUCAAAGUUACAAACAGGCGUGACACAGGCACAUACCAAAUAACGCCGUCAGGAGGUAAAAGUGAAAAAAUUGAAGUGAUCAUCCAAGCUGCCUUGUCCCCGCCCACGCUUACCCCCCUUUGCCACAGAGGAGAGAGGAGGGUGGUCUGCUCCACCAAGGGAGACAGCCCUCAGUACAGCUGGUCUCUGGACGGGGUGCCAAUUGCAGCUAACAUCAGUACAGAUGGUACUACUGAUGAUCAGAUCCUGUUUCUAAGGGGAGACACAGUGGGGGAUCUAACCUGUGCUGUCACAAACUCUGUCAGCAGGAAAGACACCUCAGCCCCUCUUGUGGAACCCUGCGCAGGUUUGGAGACGUUCUGUGAUAUUUCAAAGAAGGUGACGUGUUAUGGGAUCCUGGGAGAACCUAUGUAUCUGCAGAUGAGCUGCUCCUUUGCAUGUGAAAUCACAUUUUAUAAAGAAAAAAAAGUUCUGGUUAGAUACAGAAAUUCUAAGAUGUCAUUCAACCCUGAGAUGCUCUUUCUAUCAGCCUAUCAAAGGUGGAACUUCAGAGAAGAUAGCAAGACUAUGAUCAUAAAUUCUACCGACAGUAGUGAUUCAGGAGUAUACAGGGUAGAGAUACACGAUGAAAAUGGCAAACUACUGCACAGUCACACACCCAGUGUGAUUAUUGAAGCUCCGGUGUCCUCUGUGUCUAUUGCCUUCAUGUGCCAUAGAGGAGAGGGAAAGGUAAUCUGUACGUCCAAAGGAGACUCUCUGCAGUACAGCUGGUCUCUGGACGGGGUGUUAAUAAACGAGACCACAGACGAUGACCAUACCAUCAUACUGAGAGAGCAAGAGGAGAGGAAUCUCACCUGCACUGUCACCAACCACGUCAGCAGAGGAGAUGUCACCCAGCUGUCCAGUCCAUGCCUCGGUUUGUCCUUUUGGUGUGUGUGGGUCGCUCAGAUCAUUAUACUCCUGACACUGAACAUUGCGACAUGCUGUUUCUACAAGAGAAAAUCAGCUUCAGCUAAACAUAAUGAGUCUGACUCGGAGCCUAAAGACCAACACGAAACAGACAGAGAGGAAGGCGACACAGAGGAUCUGUAG